AUGGCUCUCUCGACUAUUGUGAAGGUGAAAGGCCAGACCAGCAUCCGGCCACCCUCCUGCGGUGACCAAGAGGCCCACCCCUGUCCCUCGGAGCUGCGGGGGGAGCCGAGCCCGGCCGGCCCGGCCCGACCCUCCGCCCCCCGGCGGCGAUGUCCGCCCGGCCGGGAGCCGACGCGCCGGGCGGAAGGAGGGGAGGAAAGGGGAGGGGAGGGCAGGGGGUGGGCGCCGCUGCCCCCCCGUCCCCGCCGGCACGUGCCUGCCGCCCCUCGGGCCACUGCCGCGCCCCGACGGCCCCGGCAUGGACGCGCCCGGCCAGCAGCCCGCCAGCGCCCCGAGCGGGCCCUGAGGUCGCGGCGGCGGGACGGGCUCCGAACCCGAGCCCAAGCCCAAGCCCAAGCCCAAAGCCGAGCCCGAGACCCGAAGCCCAGGCCGGAGUCGGCCAUCGAGGAGGAGGAGGAGACGGCGUAUGUGGAGAUCGCGGCUCGCCGCGGGGGCCAGAGGAGAGCCACCAGAACCCCGAGCUGGCCCCGGCCGGCCGGCGUGGAGCGAGCGGCCGGUCCCGCACGGGACAGCGGAGACGGCGGCACUGAGGAUGGCGGCUCGGCGAAAGGUGGAUCCCCGGGGGAGGCGACGGGGCCAGCAUCCUCGGACAGCGGGAGGGAUCGCCGCCUUCCCCGGCGGAGGUGGCGGCGGCGGCGGGAUGCGGAGCUUGACACCGGCCCGGCCCCGGCUCCGGGGGAGGCGUCAGGCAGCGUGCGGGCCGCCGGAGCUGGGGGCUGCCCGGAGUCCUCCUCCUCCUCCUGCCCUUCGCCGGUGACUAAGGCGGACGGCUUUCCCGCAAUGGGCGACCCAGUGUCAACGGAGGGCAAAACCUCCUCGUCCUCCUUCGGAUACGAAAGCGAGGAGGAGGACGAGGUCGCGGGGCGCAAGGCGACCCCCCCGGGACCUCCCCCGGGCACCCCCCCGGCGGCGGCCGCGACGAGGCGCACUAAUAUCAGCACACAGGAGAUCCAGCUGAGCGAGGUGGACCACGACAUGGACUUCGACGCGGGGCUGGCCGCCCGCUGGGACUUCGAGGAUAACAACGUGAUUUACUCCUUCGUGGACUACGCCUCCUUCGGGAGCGACGAGACCCCGGGGGACACGCUGACGGAGGAGGAGGAGAAUAGCUGCUACCUAAGCACGACCACCAGCGACCCCAACAACCAGACGGACAGCAUCGACAACACCAGCAGCACCGAGAUCGUCAGCCUUACCUCCGAACACGACACCCCCGGUGGGGACAAGCGCGCCAGCUCGGGGGAAAGCCGGUCCAAGCAGUCCGGCCGCCCCGGCGGGAGCCCGGCCGCCCAGCUUCUCCUAUCAAUCAAAGCCGCUUCCCGGGCUAUAAAUGAGUCUAGCAACGUGCGUGGAAAGCAAAACACUGUUUACGCUGCCAAGCAUGAAGGCGACAUGAGCCUCCGUGUCGCCGCGGCUCCCGACCGCAAUGCGAGUUUAAAACAGGACGCGGUCCGCGACCACACGAAAAAGUUCAUCGCGGUCCCCGCGCGGCUGCAGACCCGGUGCGGGGCCGCCAGGGCAGGGGAGCACUCGAGCGGCGCCUCCAGCGCCGUCAGCGAGCUGGACGAUGCCGACAAAGAGGUGCGAAACCUUACAGCCAGGGCUUUCCGCAGCCUGGCGUACCCCUAUUUCGACACCCUGCGCCCCGGCUCCCGCGCCUCCUCUGCCUCCCUGCCCGACAAUGCCCUGGGCAUCAACCGCUGGUCCACCUACCUGGACCUCAAGUGUGGCAGUCUGGGACCGAGAGCCGAACCCAGCUUGCUGCGCUCCGGCCGCUCGCAGACCAAAGCCCUCGAGUUCGUGGUCAGCAAGCUCGACGGGGAGAUCGCCCACGUCGAGUCGCCGCGGCGGCUGCGGGCGGGCUCCCGGGUGGUGACCCUACUGGACCUCGGCGAUGCCGCCGAGGCCGGGGAGCCGCCAGCGGCAGAGAGCGGCGGGAAGGGAUCCAGCAAGAAGUCCAAGUUCGCCUCCAGCCUCCUCAAAAACGUCAUCUCCAAGAAGAUGCAGCUGGAGCACGAGUUCAAGAUGGAGCGGGGUGAAAUCACCGAC